AUGAACGUCCGCGUUAUAGGUGGCGAUUGGCGAGAUCUGAAGGUCGAGAAAGAUGCCACCGAGGCAGUCGAAGAGGGCCAAAGGGGAAGGUUUGGCACGCACCAGAGAUUCUCGUCUAUCUGCGGCAUUGGCACUGGGGUGAUUGCGCUCAGCCUCGACUUCAGUAAAAGCUCCGCAGCUGCCCGCAGCUUUGUCCUCGGUAACCUCGUCCUAGUAUUUGGGGCCACUUUGUAUAUAACCCAUGCGAUAUAUGUCGAGUAG